AUGGCUGCAUGUGCUCCCGUGCUCCGCUGCAAGCCUCCCACCAGCGCCACCUGCGUCAGCAGCGGCGAAACCCUGACAGAGGCGAGGCUAGGCGCGCAAAAAUCCUCUCUGAGAAUCCACAGCAGCAGCGGGAACGCCGCUGCGGCGCAAUGGAACCCGCUUUCGUCGAGCAGAAGCAGAUCGGCGUGCAGAUUUGCAUCGUCCAGCGGUCCAGGGGCGGUCAGUCGACGACGAGCCACGUGGCGAGUGCAGGCGUCCGCGUCGGAACCUCCGUCUGAUGCGAAGAGCGACGCGACUGGCAGCAGCAGCAGCGGUAUCAGCGGUGACAACAGCGAGAGCGCUCCUGGAGUCACAUCGGAACAAUACCAGAUGCUCCUGGAUCCGCGCGCGUCGGAGGGCGCGUGCGAUCCGGUGUGUUCGAUCGACGACAUGUCGUACGAGGAGUACGAGGAGGUGCAAGGGCAGGAGAAGUCCGAUAACAUCAAGGCCGUCGUCAUCGGCGCCGCCAUUGCCAUCGGCGCCGCGGCGAUUAAUCUCGAAUGGGUCGAGGCGCACCAGGACAUCACGAUGUGGACGGUGUUCGCGCUGGGAUACGCGGGCAUCAUCUUCGAGGAGUCGCUCGCGUUCAACAAGGCGGGCGUCGGGUUGCUCAUGGCCGUCGCGCUCUGGGUCAUCCGCGACAUCUGCGCUCCCGCGCAGGGCCUGGCGGUGGCGGAGCUGUCGCACCACUGCGGGGAGGUGGCGGAGAUCGUGUUCUUCCUGUGGGGCGCCAUGACCAUCGUCGAGAUCGUGGACGCGCACCAGGGCUUUAAGCUCGUCACGGACGCCAUUCAAACGCGCAACUCCAAGAAGCUGCUCUGGAUGGUGGGCGGCAUCACGUUCUUCCUGAGUUCCAUUCUCGACAAUCUCACGUCCACCAUCGUCAUGGUGUCGCUGCUGCGCAAGCUCGUCCCCGACCCCGAGAGGCGAAGGUUCCUGGGAGCAGUGGUGGUAAUUGCUGCCAACUCGGGAGGAGCGUGGACGCCCAUUGGCGAUGUCACCACGACCAUGCUGUGGAUUCACGGCCAGAUCUCCACCGUUAAAACCAUCACCGAUCUCUUCUUCCCGUCGCUCGUCUCCCUCAUCGUGCCGCUCACACUCCUCUCCUUUGACAACUCGCUGGUGGGCGACAGUGACAAGGCGGCAGCAGCCAAGUCCACCUUCGCCAACGAGACCAUGGCGCCCCGAGGCCGGCUGGUGUUUGGAGUGGGCAUCGGAUCGCUCAUCUUCGUGCCCGUCUUCAAGGCGCUCACAGGCCUCCCGCCCUACCUGGGCAUGCUCGCAGGCCUGGGCGCGCUGUGGCUGCUGACAGACGCCAUUCACUACGGGGAGAGCGACAGGCAGCGGCUCAAGGUGCCGCAGGCACUGUCCCGCAUCGACACACAGGGCAUCCUCUUCUUCCUCGGCAUCCUGCUGUCCGUCGGCAGUCUGGAGGCGGCAGGGCUACUGAAGGACCUGGCGGGGUGGCUGGACAGCAGCGUGGGGAGCGUGGAGCUGAUUGCAGGGGCCAUCGGGCUGGCGUCCGCUGUGAUUGACAACGUGCCUCUGGUGGCCGCCACCAUGGGCAUGUAUGACAUGAAUGUGGUGCCAGCAGACGCGGAGCUAUGGCAGCUGAUCGCAUACUGUGCGGGCACGGGGGGGUCCAUCCUCAUCAUUGGGUCGGCGGCUGGCGUGGCGUACAUGGGCAUGGAGAAGACGGACUUCUUCUGGUACCUGCGCAAGGUCAGCGGAGUGGCACUGGCAGGGUAUGCAGCAGGCAUGGCAACGUACCUUGCAGGAGGAUACAUUCCCUCAGACCUGUUUCCCACCACACUCGCCGCCCUGCCUCAGUUGCCCUUCUAA